CUCGGUGUUGUGAUAUAAACAAGACGCGCCCAAUCCCAUCCUAGGCUCAAAGUCUAAUACAUCAUGUCCCCUCGCACGCACCAGAAGCUGGCACUUUGCUCGUAAACGUCUACGGGGUUCUCUUGUCUAACUCUCGGCUGUGUGUGUUUGUCAUCAAAGGGGUCCGUCAGUCACAAUGAAGGUCCUCUCCCUCCUCACCACCCUCGCCGCGGCGGGCGUCGCGUUCGUGUCCGCCCAGGGCGUCAUCGACGACAACUCCGAGUCGUUCCCCGAAGACCUCAACGGCUCCAAUUUCACGUACCCGUGGCCCGUGAAGCUGUACAGGUUCACCUCGCAGCUGCAGCAGCUCGAGAUGGCCUUCAUGGACGUCGAGCCCAAGUGCAAGCCCAACGGCAAGACGGCCGUCCUCUUCCACGGCAAGAACUUUUGCGGCCCGACCUGGGAGACCACCAUCCGCGUCCUCGCCCAGUCCGGCUACCGCGUCAUCGCCCCGGACCAGGUCGGCUUCUGCAAGUCGUCCAAGCCCGAGCGCUACCAGUUCUCGCUGCAGCAGUUCGCCACCAACACCAACGGCCUGCUCCGGACCCUCGGCAUCGAGAGCGCCACCGUCAUGGGCCACUCGCUCGGCGGCAUGCUCACCACCCGCUACGGCCUCAUGUUCCCCGACCAGGUCGACGAGAUGGUCCUCGUCAACCCCGUCGGCCUCGAGGACUACAAGGCCCUCGGCGUCCCCUACCUCCCCAUCGACGACAACUACAAGACGGAGCUCGCCAGCUCCUACGCCUCCAUCAAGGGCUACGAGCAGGCCACCUACUACGUCGGCGAGUGGAAGGACGAGUACGACACCUGGGUCAACAUGCUCGUCAACAUCUACAAGGGCUCCAAGGCCGACACCUACGCCCUCAACCAGGCCCAGAUCGUCGACCUCGUCCUCACCCAGCCCGUCAGCUGGGAGUUCCCCCUCGUCAAGCCGCGCACCCUGCUCCUCAUCGGCGAGAAGGACAACACCGCCAUCGGCAAGCAGUGGUCGCCCCCGGACGUCGCCGCCAAGCUGGGCAACUUCGCCGCCCUCGGCCCGGCCGUCGCGGCUCAGAUCCCCAACGCCACGCUGCACACCUUCCCCGCCCUGGGCCACGCGCCCCAGAUCUCCCACCCCGAGGAGUUCCACGACGCUCUCGUCGCCUGGUUGUCGAAAUAGGUUGUGGCAGGAGGCGGUAGUGUGCGGGUGAUGCAUCGUACACACGACAGGGGAGACACUGUUCGGAAAACCAUGAUAUGACCUUGCAAUGGCUGUACAUACUCAAAAUGACUUCUUCCACGUCGUGAACACUAGACUCGGAUACAUUCCCUUUCCAAUUGUUGUUCCA